GGGGUGUUUGGGAGUCGCGCUCAGUGUGGUGGUCACAAGUGCACACGUGUUUACUCGUACCUCGACGCCCUAAACGAGAAAUAACUCCUCCCUCCCUAGUCUCUAGAGAAAUGGAGAAUUAAAAUCUGGGCGAUAUCCAAAGAGAGAGUGUAGAGAAGAAUUAUCCUUUUGCAAUGAAUUGGCAGACGUGAUGCGUGGUGCUACAGGAUAUCAGAAACCUUUGUAUGUAGUUGUGUACUGUGGGGGAGGACCGAAAACUCUCUACUAGGACACACCAUCCCUGGACGAAGCAGUUGGUACAUCCUGCUGCGCUGACACCUCUGUUACCUGGGUCUUAUUAGAUGGCUGGCGCACGUUCAACUCCAGCACAAUGGCAACACCGUCGCCGAUAGAGGAUGGCGUCUCGGUCAGACAGUGGCAACGAGACCCGCGGGUCCUCGGAGUCUGACAACUCGCCUACGCCCACACCCACCAGGGAGCUCCAGCAGCAUCACGCCCGCGAGAAGCACCACGCCCGUGAGCUCCUCCUUCAACAUCAGCAGCAACAGCGACCCAAACCUCUACACGUUCCCUCCAACACUCGCGUGUUGGUGACGCCAGGUCAGCCCGUCGCCCGUCAGCCCACCGUCACCACCGUCCGCGUCACACCCACUGCGAGAAACAUAUCCGUAACUACGCCUAUAGCCAGAACCACGCCCACGGCUACACCGUCUUGCAGAACCACUAUCAUCUUACCCUCUACCAUUAGAACCACCCCAAUAACAACCCCUACGGCCAGAACUACGCCCACAGUAGCCACACCCUCGCAGAGAACUACGCCCACGGCUACACCUUCGCAGAGAACCACGCCAAUAGCCACACCCUCGCAGAGAACCACGCCAAUAGCACGGCCUGCCCUGCCUUCCAGAUUGACGCCCUCGUCUGUAAGGCUCACACCCACUAUCCACAGCCAGCGACCUCCGCCACUCAGACCCCUGCCCAGAAGCAGGCCACCGUCUUCAGGCAUGGGGUCGGCGGGGUCAGUCCACGCUGGAGCGCCCCUGGGCCCUCUGGGGUGCUCCCGGGGGCGGCAGAGGAACAGUGUCGCGGUGGUGGACUCCCGCGAACACAUCUACGAGGAGCUGGAGCUGUGUCGAGGACCACCUAAACUCGCCCCAGUGUCAGGAGUCCUGCCUCAGGGCAAGGUAGUGAUCCGGCCUAUCGCCUUCAAACCAGUGGCGUCAGGAGGGGUACAGGGGGGCGUGUCCCCCCAGGGUAGCAGCCUCGGGGGGUCACCGGGGAGCUACAUGGUGCAGGUGAGCACGGCCGCCACCACGCCCCAGUCCCGCCCAGACCCACGCUACACCUCCACGCCCACACUGGCCAGGGGCGGAAUACACCACUAUGGCAGUAUGGGUGACCUCAAGACGAUGAGUCACAAUAGUUACUCUCUGGACCGUCGUGGCCUGGUCACUCCUCUCUCCUCCAGAGGCUACUAUGAUCAUCACUCCAACGACAACAACAAUAAAUACAACAGUCUCACCAAGCUUCAUAACAACAAGAACACAUCCAUGAACAACAAGAACAGCUACAACAGUAACAAUCACCACAAUAACAACAACAGUAGCAUCAGUAACAACAACAAGAGCCCCCCAGCAUACCCCCCACCUCCGCCCCGGCCUCCCUCACACCAGUCCACGUGUAGCAACAUAGAGGACGGCCACACUCACCACAGGUUCGCACACGACAACAGACUGGCGAGCAAUUGCGACAAUUCGUACGACAACAGACUGUCCAGCACGUACGACAACGCGGCUAUGUACACGCGUGUCAACGGGUACUCAAAUAGUGACCUUCCUCGUUACGACAGCUUGAAAAAUCUGUCGGGUGAUUCAGGUCACUCCUAUGGCCACCAUCAUCACCACCACCACCACAUUCAGCCAAUUACCAAUGGUUUACACCAGCGGAUGGGCGGCUCCGUCACAAACCUCACUCGGAUUAGCAGCGCUCACCACUCAGGAUCAGUCCAGGGACUCGACCGGUCGGGUUCAAACGUCGGCUUGGACAGAUCUGCUUCAGUCACCGGAUCCAACCUAGACAGAUCCGGCUCGGUCAGUGGGUCGAAUCUAGGUCUGGAUAGAUCAAUGUCAGUUACAGGAUCGAACUUGGGUUUGGAUCGGACCAUUUGUGGCUCAGUGGCUGGAUCUAUCAGCGAGCUGACGCUGGACGAGCACCAUCAGACUCCAUCACCGUCGGACUCGGGCGUAGCAGAGUUAGAGGCGAUGCUGAAGGAGAAGGACUCUGAGAUCAACACUCUGAGGGAGACCAUGGAGCAGAACGAGCAGGUGAUAUUCAAGGUGUACGAGGAGAAGGAGAAGACGUGGGAGCGGGAGCUAAAGAAGAUUCGGGAUCUGUAUGAUUCCCGACUCAAGGGGGCCCAACAGAAGGCUCUGAAGGUGGAACAGUCACUCACCACACAGACAUACCAGCUGCAGCAGGAACGCCGAAAAUUGAUGGCAGAACUGGAGGAAGUACGUCGUGAGCGAGAUGGCCACCAGAGUCAGACAGAACAGCUAAGGCGAGAGUUAAGCUCCCUCCGUACUCAGCUUGAAGAAACAGAGUGGAGCCUUUGCCAGAAAUCAGGUGAAAUAUCUCUGCUCAAGACUCAGCUCAAAGACUCUCAAGGCGACCAGACGACGCGAGGACAUGAGCUGUUGCACUUGCGAGCCCAGGUUCGUCAGUACCAGACAGAGGUUGAAAGACGUCGUGCAGAAAUCAAUUCAUUGCAUGAUCUAAUGGGACAACAACGACGAGAAUCGGGUGACCUUCGCUUACAACUAGAUCAGGCUCAGCAGCAGCAAUCUCAAGCCAGGGCACAUGAUCAAGAUCUUAGCCUUCAGAUGGACAAAUUAAAAGCUGAAGUUGAAACUAUGAAGAGGGAAAGUGAACUGCAAAGACAACAGUUCGAAGAAGAACGUUUAAGAUGGACCGAGGAGAAAGAACGAGUUAUACGCUACCAAAAACAGCUGCAUCAUAACUAUGUUGCUAUGUUUGGCCGUAAUCGUCAGUUGGAAGAAGAAGUUGCAAGACUGACAGGAGUACCACUGCCUCCCAUGAAGAAUCUUAGUCCUCCAAAACUACCUGCAAUGUAUGCAGACAUUCGAGAUGCUCCUCCAGUGCAACAAAUUUCAAGUGAAUCUCGGUGCUGACAAGGUCCAUGGUGAAAUCUGGCUAUUGUGGUAUGCUGGUCAUGUGUACAGUAAUGAAAAUGUGACUGAUACUUGAAAUUGUACAGUUUUAGGGUAAUACCUCAGUGUUGAUGAAAGGAUAUGUACAUUUGGUAAACAGAAUGGCAGGAAUGUGAUGUUUUUUUGCAAAUGAUUACCAAUUUAAGAAUAGAUUCCUUGCAAUAUGGUGUAUUUCAUGUUUUCAGAAGCAUUGCACUUAAAACAUUUAAUUGUUCAUUAAGAUUGAAAAAUAAAGUGCCUGCGUGUAUUGCUUUUUUAUCCUCUGGGAAAUGGUAUUGCAUUUUAACAGUUUUAAUCCUACAUGAUACACUGAAAAUUAUGUAGGUAUGUACAGAAUUUGCUCCAAUGCAACAAUACAGAUUUUUAGAAAACUGUUCCAUCAACUAACCAGAGGUCUCCACAAAUAGAACAAAAAGUCACUCCUAUCAUAUUCUGCCCUUUUAUCAAGAUGCCUCAGGAUGUGUGCGUGUAUCAGAUCUUGUAAAUUCUUUCUAUAUAUUAUUAUCUUUUUGUCUUCCUCCAUACAAAAAUAUAAGUAGUCAGAUUUUUUUCUCUAUAUUUUGUAGAAUAGAGCUUGGUCAAUACUGUAAUCUGAAUUAAGUUUGAUGUAUAAUUGAUUUCAUCUUGGAAGACAAAUGUAAAUUUCCUGUACAGAAAUCUUUAAAUGAAUAUUAGAAUUAUUAAGCUAGGAAUAUGCAGUUUGAUUUAGUUUCUAGCCAAAGGUUAUGUUUAGUUGGAAUGUUACUCCUCUACAUUUAAGAAUGAUGUAGCUAAUUGAUUAUGUAUACAAUAUACCUUCAGUCAUAUCUAUCCGGUUGUUUUUUCUAGCUUAGAUCUUAUUACUAAAUGUGUUAUUUAUUGUAUAUGACAAAUUAAACACAAUGUACCAUAAUUUAAUGGGCCUUUUAGGGGUUAGAUACUUCUUUAAAGGUAAUGUAUUUAGUUUGCAUUUUAGUCUGAAGUUCCUUCAUUAGUCAUACAAGAUUUUAACGAGUUCAUCAUUUGACAUGAUAGAGUGUUCUGUAUAUAUAUAUAUAUAUAUAUAUAUAUAUAUAUAUAUAUAUAUAUAUAUAUAUAUAUAUAUAUAUAUAUAUAUAUAUAUAUAUAUAUAUAUAUAUAUAUAUAUAUAUAUAUAUAUAUAUUAUUUUAUUACACUUUCAUGACUUGAAAUAUAGGUCUAUAUAUUAUUAAAUGUAAACGAAGUUGUUCCUUCCUUCAGUGUCCUUUUAUAAUAUUUAAUAUUUCUGUGUGACAUCCUUUAAAGGUGUGAAUCACCUUGAGUAUUUCUCAUGUAAAUAUAUGCCAGGGUGAAUUUCUUGUCAUUACUUAAUUUUCACUUUGUAUUCCUUGUCUAUUUCAAAAUGUUGCAUUUGCUGUGUGUAUGAAUUUAUUUUAACCUCAAGGAUUGACCAAACUACUAGUGGGAAUUUUUGCAAGAACAUCAAUAAUUCACCAGCUUUGAGCUGAUGGUUUCACACACUUCAGUAAUGUGUGUUUAUAUGUACUCUACUUAAAAUCGAUCAUAUGAAACUCCAGCCAUAUGCUUGAUGUUUGUUGGUAAUCUGGAUGGGACAUUUUAUAACUCUUAAUUAAAUGAUAUAUGUAACAGAAAAUUGUAUUAUUUGUUUGGUGUAUUAUCUCCAGGUUUUGUUUAAUGAUGAAAACCUGUAAUGCAAAAGCUUCUCCACUCUCUCAGAAUAACACCCAAAAUCUGAAAGAAGUGUGAAGGAGUUUGCACAAAUAAAUGAGAAUUAUAAUA